AUGUUAAAUAAGAUAGAGCUACAUAAUUAUAAAACUGAUAUUGAAGAUACUAGAACUGAACUUUUAGGCUUAAGUUCAGUAUCAGAAUGGAAUUGCUAUUCAAUUGUGGACCACCCUGGAUUGUUUCUUAUAAAAAACCCCUUUACAAGUCUAGGACAACGCUAUUGGAUUAGAAAAUGUUUAGAAGAAUAUUCGCAAAAGCCAAAUAAAACUAAUAUAGAUGUAGAAAACAUCAUAAAAGAUUGGUGGAAAGAAUGUUAUGUGAAUGGAAAAUGUAAUACCAAAUUGCAGAAGAAACUACGAUGGACAACUCUUGGUUAUCAUCAUAAUUGGGACACAAAAGUUUAUAGUGAAGAAAACAAAUCACCAUUCCCAGAAGACUUAGCAGAAUUAUGUGAUUGCAUAGCUCAAUAUCUUUGCUACACACAGUACAAAGCAGAAGCAGCAAUUGUAAACUAUUAUCAUUUGGGAUCUACUCUUUCUUGUCAUGCUGAUCAUUCAGAAAUAAAUUUGGAGGCUCCAUUGCUUUCUUUUAGUUUUGGACAGUCUGCAAUAUUCUUGAUAGGUGGACCUGAUAAAAACAUAGCACCAUCAGCAAUUAUGCUUGAAAGA